UUUUCUCUAAAAUCUGAUGCUUGUUUUUUGGUUUUGGGGGGAAUAUGACUUAAUCUGGAGUUGAGGCUCCGCUCCAGAGCGCUUUUUUUUUAGGUUCCUCACAAGAAACAAAUCACAUCCCGACACAAGGUUAUUCCCCGGGGAGGAGAGAGCGCCGACACCCACAGAGAGCCACCAUGAUGCUGAGCCCGGACCAGGCCGAGGCCGACCUGUCCUGGACGCAGUCCGACCCGGAGAGCAUCCUGGGCGGCCUCAGGGCGGCCGGCUGCGGCUCGGACGAGCCCACGGACGGCGAGGAGCGGCCGAAGAGCAAGUCCGAGCUGCAGCCGCUGAGCCGGGAGGAGAAGCGGCGGAGACGGCGGGCCACGGCCAAGUACCGCUCCGCCCACGCCACCCGGGAGCGCAUCCGCGUCGAGGCCUUCAACGUGGCCUUCGCAGAGCUGCGGAAAUUACUGCCCACCCUCCCCCCGGACAAGAAACUCUCCAAGAUUGAGAUCCUCAGACUGGCCAUAUGCUACAUCUCCUAUCUGAACCACGUGCUGGACGUCUAGGGACGGGACGGGACUGGACCCGGUGGG